CAAGAGGAAGAAGAAGUAGACUGCUAAAUGUGAUAUCUUAGCCUCGACGUGCCUCUUAUAAUGACAAAAAAAUAUACAAUUGACUGAAUUGCGUUGGUGCUCGCUACUUUAAAUACGACACAUCCAAAGUCAUGGCAUGCCUCAUACGUCUGCUGGGGUUGGACAUUGCGACAGAACCGGACCGGGACCGUUUUUGUGGUUGUUGUUAUUGUAGCUAGCGCUAGCAGCAGCUAAAGCAGCCGAUGUUGAUUCAUCGCUGCGGGACAGCAAAGAAAAGCAGACGGCGACCGACAUGUUGACGUUUGUCGAUGAGUGAAUAGUACCGUCAGUGCCGUGUUUGCCCUUCGGUGAACGCCGCUCGAGUGAAGAUGUAAUUACUAGUUGAGGCUGCCGCACCUAUGGUGGAGCACAACAAGGCACCGAUCGUUAUGGACUUGACGUCUGUCUGAGUUUGGGACAGGGGGGAACCAUGUCGUGCAAAGCCGCAACCAAGGACAAAAAAUCCAGCUUCAGCAAGAAGCUGUUUCGUCGAGGCUCGGUUCGAUCUGUGGGCAGCUUUAUGGGUAAAAUCCUGCGGACUUUGACAGCUCUGUCACAUUUCGGAUCAGAGGUUCAAGUUGAAGACGAUAAAGACGAUGGAGGCUUCUCAACGUAUAAGUCUGGAAAGGACCUGGCUAUGGACGAUGGGGACCUUGGGGGUUUCCUAUGCGGGGACAGAGUGCCUGGAGUGUCGGGGCUCAAAAACCAUGGGAACACCUGCUUUAUGAAUGCGAUCCUUCAGUGCCUCAGCAACACUGAACUUUUCGCAGAGUAUUUGGUUUUGGAGCAUUAUAAAGAUGAAGAACAGAAUGGGGAAAAGCCAAAGACCAAUGGAGUUCAUCUGCAGAGGAAAGGUCCCAUGGCCAAAGGGGAAGUCACAGAACAACUUUCAGGGCUUGUGAGGGCCCUGUGGACGUUUGAAUAUACCCCCCAACACAGCAGGGACUUCAAGAAUGCGGUGUCCAAGAGCGCGACUCAAUUUAAAGGAAACGCUCAACACGAUGCUCAAGAGUUUCUGCUCUGGCUGUUGGACCGUGUGCAUGAGGACCUAAACACUGUCAACCCCACCAGCAGGCCUGCUAUAAAGCCACCCAUUGAAGAGGAGGAUCAAAGUGUGGAAGGACCGUCUCCUCUCUCUGCUGGUUCCUUUGUGCAAGAAUUGUUUCAAGCUCAGUACAGGUCUUCUCUCACCUGCCCUCAUUGCCAAAAACAGAGCAAUACGUUUGACCCUUUCCUCUGCAUUUCCUUACCCAUCCCUUUGCCACACACACGGCCUCUUUAUGUUACGGUAGUCUACCAAGGGAAGUACUCGCACUGUAUGAGGAUCGGCGUUGCUGUGCCUCUCAACAGCACUGUGUACCGGCUCCGAGAUGCUGUGUCACGUGAGACCAAGAUACCAAUGGACCAGUUCGUCUUGACCGAGAUGUACUAUGAUGGUUUUCAUCGAUCCUUUUGCGACGAUGACGAUGAUCUUGACAUCAUCCAGGAGAGCGAUUCCAUAUUUGCCUUUGAGACGCCAGAGACCUUUAAACUAGAGAACAUACGCACAAAGAGAGGAAGUCUGCUGGCAAACCUGAAUCACAACAACUUCAAAUAUUCAACGGAAAUCAACAGGACGCCAUCUUUCAUGCAGGGUGCCAUGACACCUGUCACGGGUUCCCCUAAUAAAAACCAAGGACCAGAGAAAAUGAUUCUCCUGAUUUGUAACAGAGCCUGUACGGGACAUCAAGGAAAGAGGUUCGGCCUGCCUUUUGUGCUGUACAUGGAUCGCAUUGUGACCUGGGAUGCCCUACAGAAAGAGAUUCUGGAGAAGAUGCGACACCUUUUGAGACCCGGUGUUUACAUUCAGGUGGGACCAUUCAGUCUCCGCGUGGUCGGCGUUGUCGGUAUCACCUACCUCCUCCCUCAAGAUGAACGACCUCUGUGUCACCCGACUGUGGAAAGAGCAUACAAGUCUUGUGGACAGGGAGGACCCCCACAUGUGAAGAUUGUUGUGGAGUGGGACAAGGAGACCAAGGACUAUCUGUUUGGACACACUGAGGAGGAAUACAUUCCUGAUGCGGAAAGCGUCUAUCUUCACCGAGAACAACAUCACCACCCACAAGCCUGCACACUCGCUCAGUGCUUUCAGCUGUACACCAAGGAGGAGCAGCUCGCUCCUGAUGACGCUUGGCGCUGUCCUCACUGCAAGCAGCUGCAACAAGGCCGCAUUAAGCUCAGCCUCUGGACUCUGCCUGAUGUUCUCAUUCUGCACCUGAAGAGGUUCAGACAGGAAGGAGACCGGCGGGUGAAAAUGCAGAACAUGGUGCGGUUCCCUCUGAUGGGCAUGGAUAUGGCGCCUCAUGUGGUCAAGAGAAGCCAGAGCAGCUGGAGUUUGCCUUCCCAUUGGUCACCGUGGCGGCGACCCUAUGGCUUAGGAAGGAACCCCGAUGAUUACCUGUACGACCUGUACGCUGUGUGCAACCACCAUGGCAACAUGCACGGAGGCCACUACACUGCGUACUGCAAGAACUCCGUUGAUGGUCAGUGGUACUGCUUCGACGACAGCGAGGUUACGGCCGUAGCCGACGAUGAUGUGUGUCAGCAAACAGCCUAUAUUCUCUUCUACCAGCGAAGGACGGCAAUUCCCUCCUGGUCAGCUAACAGCUCCGUUGCAGGAUCGACAAGUUCCUCCUUAUGUGACCACUGGAUCAAUCGGCUGCCAGGGAGUCGGCCUGCCAGCCUCGCCUCCGGGGCCUCGUCCAGGCGAACCUCAUUGGCUUCACUGGCUGAGUCUGUGGAGUUUUCUGCAGAGAGGAAUGAAGACGAUGGUGGAUUUUCUGUACGUCCUUUCGUGAGAAGCAUCCAGCGCCAGAGUUUAUCCUCCAGGUCUUCCAUUGCCAGCCCUCUAGCCUUGAGCGACAGCGGGGUCAAACCGUCUUGGUCUCUUUCGGCGAAACUUCAGAUGCGAUCGAACUCGCCGUCUCGAUUCUCCCUGGACUCGCGGUGUUCCCCUCCUCUGGAGCGGAUCGGCGAGGCCUGCGACGACAAAGUCUCCACCUCCUGCUUUGGCAGCUACAGUCGCCAUGAGCGCUACUUUGGCAGCAGAACCCCUGUGUCCAUGUUGGACAGCAACUAUAAUGAAAUGGAUAACAAUAAACGCUUUGUGGAUAUGACGUACUGCAGAGCCCCCACUCCUGUGGACAAGAAGAACCCCAAGAGUGAGCCGACCGAAAACAACAACCAGAUAUCAGCUGUGGACCAAAACAGUCUUCCAACACAAGUCACUCCUUCCAAAGAGCAGAAACGGAAAAGCAGCAUCGGAGGAUUCGGAUCGAAAGCGGAAAACACAAACUCACCGAAGCCAUUGAAAGCUGAACCCGAGAAAACAUCCAAGAAACGUUUGUGUGCGACCCACAAGCCCCCUGAGCCCAGCACUCCAGUGAAAGGCAAAAAGGUGAGCAACACUAAAGAGAAGAGUGUCAGUGCUAAAAAGAGCUCUUCAACUCCCUGCGGGACGCCUUCCAAGACAAAAGAGAAAGCUUCCGAGGGAACCCCACAACGCAAGCCGAGUGUCCGUACGACACCUCAGUCCACGGCGUCGCCAUGCGCAACUCCGAACAAGACUUCGAACGUUGCAGAGAAAAACCUGAACAGUCGGAAGCGUCUUGUAGAAAGGAGCUGCAGCAGAGAUUCUAUGCACACUAGCCCUCUGGUCAACAAUCUCAGAGCAAAUUCCAUAUCCCGCUCUUCCAUUCCCAAGCUGGGAGAAACCAACCGGCUGGAGAGGAAGUCGAUCAGAAGUUCAAGCAGCAGCUCUUCCGUCACAAGCCUGCGGUCGCCCAGCGUCUCCACCAGAGACUUGCAGCGCUGCAGCAAGUCAGAGGAGAAAGGCCUGUCCUUCUUCAAAAGCGCACUGCGGCAGAGAGAGAGCCGCCGGUCGGCUGAUUUAGGCAAGAGCACUUUGCUUUUCAAAAAAGCUUCCGAGAGGACAUGCAAACAAAACGGACAAGCCAAAGACUUGAGCGGGGAUAACGCAGACGAUACAGCGUCACCACACGUCACCGCUGAGACUCAUGGGGGGGACACCAAGCCUGUGGGAAAGGAGUCUUCCAAAGCAUCCAUCUCGCUCAGUCGCUCUCUGUUACAUGUCGGCAAGUCCAAGUCUUCCACUUCCGAAGUGAGUCUCAAGUCUCCCCCAAAUGGGAUGAAGCCUCUCGAGAGGAUGUCGUCCUCCCGGAAACUGUCUUCGAGCAUGCAAUCUCCUGCACGUACAACACACAGGCCUCAGUGAGCGUUUCUGGGGUCUGGAAAAUGCAGCUAUUUUCUUUGUGCCUAAUUUUUGGUGAGCAACGUCUUUAUUUGUGCUGGUUGGGGGGCUGAUGCUGCGCUGGAAAUGAACUGCCAGUGCUAUCCCUGAAUGACCUCCAGGGGUCAGUAAAAGACGAAAGUUACCGGAUACAACAGCAUAAAUCACAGGGUGUCUGUUAUAUUGUUAUGAUUUUGUAUUUUUUAAAACUCAUGUUUACUUUAAUGCAAUACGUUGCAAAAGGCAUUUUUGCUUUAGAUAAUAAUAUCUGACUGUUGGUUGAGGGAGGAGGAUUUUUGAGGUCAAUACUUAAAAUGUAAAUGCAAACACUCAUUACAUAUCUUCAGAGUAAUGUUUCUCAGUUAUCAGAUUCUACUCGUACCUGUUACAGCCUUUUGCCAUCUCUUCUACAUGUGCAAUCUGACCCAGAAUAAGUGGGGUGCUUGUCUAAGGCUACCAUCAACACGACUUUCAUACAAAAAGAAGCACAGUUUGUUCAGAUGACUUUGAAUACGCAACCUCACACGUUUAUUUAGACGGGGGAUAAGGCAUCUGGAGGAUUUAACUACUGCAUCAACACGUCCUCAUAAAUCUGAGGACACAAAACUGCCUGGAUUUCUAACCUCGUAUUCAACUGAGUAAAUAAUUGGUGCAAAGUCUAUGAGAGGAAAAGUAGCCAUCUGUUGUGUAGUUUCAGAAAAUGAAUUUGAAAAAUACAUAUCCUACUGUUGGUGGCUCAGCUUCAUAUUUUUCAAGUUUCAAUUCCUCCCAGUAGAGUCAUGAAUUCAUUCCUUGCUAAGAAUUGUGCUUCACGCUUUCAUAUCAAGUCUCUUAAAAUUCAUGUAAACAGUGUUUUUAACUGAAUACAAAAAGUAAUUUAAACCCCCAUGUAAUAAGUCAUCCUUUGAAGAUGUGUGAGGCACUUUCUAACAUUCAUUUGCUGAUUUUUUUAAUUACUUUGUAAUGAACAAUAGAGAGAUGCUUUGAGAUUCAUUGCAUGUCAGCAGAGAUUCCUGAUCUUUAUUUUAUACUGCAGAUUUAUCAGAGUAUUUUCUUCCCUUCAUAUUGAAAACCUUUAUUAAUCAAAUAUAAAUGUAUGAUGAGUCUUUUCAGAAAGUUUAUUGAACGAUCAUGUGAGGAGAAAAUGAUCUUAAAAGCGCCUUUCAAUCAAACAAAUAAUGGCCUUUGGCAACAUGGUAGUCGACUACUGUAGCAUCGCUGAGUAGGAAUGUUGUUGUUCGCACUUUGUACAGUUUAGAUAAAAUAGCUGGCUCCCCUUAGGACAAAGAAAUAUACAUAUAUAAAUAUAUACACACACACACACCACAUAGUAGCAUCUUGGAUGAAUAGAUAUAUAGCUGUUUCUGAAAAGACCUUGUGAUCCGAACAUGGUGCUGUUUUUUGAUCUCACUUUACGGCACAAACUGGUACCUCAUUUCGAGUUUUUAAAUCUUCUUUUAAGUCAGUUAUGAGCCAUCACCUUCCAGUCAAACUACAUUACUACAUAUAUAUAUAUAUAUAUAUAUAUAUAUAUAUAUAUAUACUGUAAACACACACCGAAUAUUGUUGCUAAAUGCUGCAAUCGAAGGACUGUGAGGUUAAUACAUAAAAGACAAAUGUUAUUUACAGAAAAUACAUGGCAUUUUUGAUUCAUAUUUUCUCCUAAAACAUUAGUGGUUCUGUCGCUGGUCUCAUUCGCAGGAAAAAUACACUGGUUUUGAAUUCUUGUGACUUAAGUUCCACACAUAAAGCGACACAUGACGAUGCAUUCCUUCCAGCUCACACAAAUGGAACACAUUUACCAAACAAUUGCAUGUUAUUAAGUCUGUAUUGUAUAGUUUCUCAUUAUUUUGUUUGAUAUAUAUAAACAUUGCGACGACCUGGACAGAUCUUAGGGACGGUUUUCUCAUGAAUGAAUUAAAAAAAAAUAAAUGCAAACACACCUGAGUGUCAUGACACUGUCUCCCAAACCUGUAAACUGUGUCAUCCCACCAAACUCAGGGAUCUCAUUCAGCACUACUGCUCUCAACGUUGCAAUGAAGCUCCUUCUUAUUGGCGAUUUGAAAGUUCUGGUGUGUAUUUUUCCUGCUUAUGUAGAUCAGCAAAUGUUAAGUCAAUGACUGUGUAGCAAUGAAAGGUCCAAGUUCAUGUACUAAACAGAAGCACGAUGUCAUAAUAAAUGUAAAGUAUGAGAAAACUCUUUUUUUUUUUUUUUUUUCCCCCCCUGCAAAUGUACAGGUUUAAAAAAAAAAAAAAAUGUUACAGGAAUGCAGUAUUGCAUGAAACCGCUUAGGCAUGUGUUUUUUCUCAUCUAUGCAAGAGUCUGCUGCUGUAUAGUUUCUGAUGCAGAGCAUGUUCCGGAAUAUUCCACAGCCUAUAUAUUGGAGCGAUGC